UAUGUUGCUUUGCGGCGGCUUUUCCUUCAUAAAAACUCGCAUUUUCUCCUGUUGUAAUGGAUUAUGGUUUCGUUGACUGUCACUGUCACAUAUCAGCCCCUGAGUUCCAGCAGGAUCUUCCGGAUGUGAUCCACAGAACCAGGCAGGCCGGGGUAAAGACUCUGGUGGCCGUCACAGAGGAAGUGGAGGAAUUCCCCAGAGUUCUCCAUCUGCAGGAAAGAUAUCCGGACCUGGUGGCUCCGUGUCUGGGGCUGCACCCCCUGCAGGCCGCCGGGGGUCAGCGCAGCGUCCGGCCUCAGGACCUGGAAGAAGCUCUGCCUCUUUUCUACAGCCACAGAGAACGACUGGUCGCCAUCGGAGAGAUCGGGUUGGAUUUCACGCCAUGGUGCGCUCCGACCCAGCAGGACAGAGACGACCAGAUGAAGGUCUUCAUCGGACAGCUGGACAUCGCCAUGGAGAUGGACCUACCUGUGAACGUCCACUCCCGCUCUGCAGCCAAAGUCACCAUAGACACCAUGAGACGGCGAGGGAUCAGCAGAGCUCUGCUGCAUAACUUCUCUGGGAAGCCAGCGGCAGCUCUGGAGGCAGUGGAGGCCGGAUUCUUCUUCUCUUUCCCUCCUGCUGUCUGCAGGAACCAGCAGAGAGACCGGCUGAUCCAGCGGAUCCCUCUGGAUCACAUCUGCCUGGAGACGGACUCUCCGGCCCUCGGCCUCCACAGGAACGAGAGGAACGAGCCGGCUAACAUCGCCCUGUCCUGCGGCUACAUCGCUAAGGUCAAAGGUCAGACGCCCGAAACGGUCCGGGACGUCACGACUCAGAACGCCUACAGACUGUUCAGCAGAGCCAGCAGAUGAUCAGAGUAAAUACCAUAAAACACUCACAUUCCUAUGAACCUAUUAAACAACUUUGCUUUUUAUUUGUCCUUUAGCCAAAAAGCUGGAAAACUUUCAUCUGAGAAGCAGUCAGAAUAAAAGUUGAUCAAAAAUGUUUCCUGAGAUAAUGUUCAGUUUCCAUCUGUUUUAACUUAUUUUAAAAUCUUUUUUCAUUUCCAGAAAACCCUGAGGAACACCAGGCUGCUCAGCGUGGAUUUAAUUUCAGUUUUAAUACAUGUAGAAACAUCAUUUCCUUAUGCGCCAGUUGGACUUUACAGAAACAGUCUUCAGUCAGAGGCCUCUUUGGAUUGGUUACAUGACUGACUGCUACAGGAGAUCCUGGGUUCUGGUUCUGGUCAUUCUCUUUGCACCAAGUGGCUAAUAUCUGAAAAUGAAGCAAAGGAAAAACUAACAGAGGAAUGGGUGACAUGUUUUUUAUUUUGAUUGUUAAAACUGAUGAGUAGGAAAUUAAAUUCUUACAUAAAUUUAAAUAAACACGUUUAAAAAUUAUUAGAAAUGUGAA